AUGGAUAUCCGCCUCCUCCACCCGUCAGACCUGCCUCUGAUCCAACACGCCAACCUCGAGAACCUGCCCGAGAACUACUUCCUCAAAUACUACCUCUACCAUGCCCUAUCAUGGCCCCAGCUCAGCUUCGUCGCGGUCGAUGUCGCCCGUCCCAAGAAGACACCCUAUGACUACCCCAAGAUCGUCGGAUACGUCCUGGCCAAGAUGGAGGAGGAGCCCGCAGACGGCGUCCAGCACGGCCACAUCACCAGUCUGUCUGUGAUGCGCACGCACAGAAAGCUUGGCAUAGCCGAGAAGCUCAUGCGACAGAGCCAACUCGCAAUGGUUGAGACCUUCGGCGCACACUACGUCUCCCUGCACGUGCGCGAGUCCAACCAGGCCGCCAUCCACCUCUACGAGAAGACCCUCGGCUUCCAGCGCGAGAAGACCGAGCCCAAGUACUACGCCGACGGCGAGGACGCCUUCGGCAUGAAGCUCGACCUGUCCACCAUCCGGGAGCAGAUACGCGACGAGCAGGACUCCGACUCGGAGGGCGUGGACGAGGGCGAGCCCGUCGGCGACGUGGGCAGUGAUCCGAACAGGAAGAGCGGUGGCAAGGCCGCAAAGAAGACCAAGAAUGGUGCCGGUGCGGAGAGCAAAGAUGACAAGAGGAAGGUCAAGGUCGGGAGGGGACUGGGUGUGGGUGAGCUAGUGGAGAGGGUUGAGAGUAAGCAGGGGUCAUGA